AUGAACUUUCUUACGGCUGUUUCGACCUUCGCGCUCGCCUGCUCUUCCGUUCUUGCACACCCUUCUGGCGACAUCCCGACUUUGGAGGAGCGCCAAAAUGGCAUUGUUGUUACUUCUGGUGCCGGAGGCUCGACGGUCUACCCGCGAUUGGAGGUUCGACAGAUGAAAGAUACCAGGCCUAAUCAGUAUGCCCUUCUGGUCCUGGCCAUGCAGCGGUGGCAGAGCCAGUCGCAAAGCAGCCAGACCUCAUACUUUGGAAUUUCGAGCAUUCACGGUGUACCCCGACAAAAUUACAACGGAGUCGGUCAGUGCCAGUCAUGCGGAGGUACCGAUGGAUACUGCUGCCACGACUCAGUACACUUCCCGGCAUGGCAUCGCGUGUAUGUCGCGCUUUUCGAGCAAGAGUUUUUGAAGCUGGUCAAGACUAUCGCAAACGAAUACCCCGACUCGCAAAAGAGCACCAUGGUUGCCGCCGCCAACCAGAUGCGAUGGCCAUACUGGGACUGGGCUGCGAAGCCUCCAGCGGGUCGCCCACAUCUGCCCAAGAUCGUGACCGAUUACGAAGUCACUGUCAAUGGCCCGAAAGGAACCACCACGUUCAGGAACCCACUCUUCCGCUAUGAUUUCACGGACUCCUCGGGCAUGUACUACUCGCCCUUCACUACCUGGAAGAGGACAUACCGCUACCCGAGCACGAAUGGUGUCAAUGCGGACAGCCAGACACAGUCGGCUACUAAUGCUUUCAACAACGUUCGACAGAGUUUGACGGAUCAGAUCUAUCAACUUUUCACUAAUUGCCACGACUACCUCCACUUCAGCAACGACGACGCUGGCUCGAGUUCCGCCGGAUGCUCGCUCAGUCUUGAAUCUAUCCACAACACCAUUCAUUCGACCGCAGGUGGUACUGGCCAAGGCAGCGUCUCUGCAGGCCAUAUGUUCUAUCUCCCCACAGCCGCUUUCGAUCCUCUCUUCUGGCUGCACCACUGCAACGUCGACCGUCUUUUCGCCAUGUGGCAGACUCUGAACCCAGACAAGUACGGCGCACAACAAGUCGCUCCCCACAGCACCUGGACCAUCGCCCAAGGCUCCACGCAAGGCCCAAGCUCGCCCUUGACCCCCUUCUACAAGAACACCAACGGCCAAUUCUGGACCACCAACGACGUCCGCGACUGGGCCAACACCUUCAAGUACACCUACCCCGAAUACUCCAACAGCGACGGCAGCAAAGCCUCCAUCACCAACUACAUCAACGGACUCUACGGCCCCAACGGCAACAAAGUCGCCGGCUCCUCCAAGCGUGAGGCCGCGCUUCUCGACAACCUCAACCUGGACGUUCUCAAAGACGUCCCCGACGCCCUCGCCGACGCCCUCCCCUCAAACCCCCUCGCCGCCGCAAACGGCACCCUCUUCCAGUACUUCGCCAACGUGCAAUCCCCCCGCUACGCCCUGGGAGGCUCCUACCAGAUCUUCGUCUUCAACGGCCUCCCCACGAGCGAAGACCCCAUGACCUGGAUCUUCGACAAGAACCUCAUCGGGCCCAUCGGUGUCGUCGCGCAGGAAGGCAUGGAAGACAGCAAACUCAUCACCUCCAACCAAAUCGUCCUCACCCGCGCCCUGCAAGGCCUCGUGGACGGCGGCGCCCUCAGCGCCAUGACCGAAGCGAUCGUCGCGCCCUUCCUGACCAAGAACCUACAAUGGCGGAUCCUCGGACCCAAGGGAAACUCCAUCGACCCGGGAACCGUGGAGGGCUUCGUGGUGUCGAUUUUCGCGUCCACGGCGUCGCAGCCCUCGAGCGCGAGUGUGCUGCCUGAGUUUUCGGAGUUUAUCCCUCUGUUGGACGUGACGAAGGGCCAGAGCGGUGGAGCGAAUCAGACGCUGACGCAGUAUAUUUCUGAUUUGUUGUAG